AUGAACAAAAUCAAGGACAUCUUCUCUCCCGGCCACGCGCAGGAUGCUGACCUGCUGUACGGCUCCCAGCAGUCUGCCAACACUGGCAGGCUUUCCGGCGAGGGCAGCCAUUUCGGCAAUGCCAGGGACGACACUGCCGGCAUCGCUAGCACUGCCAAGGGCCACAACAGAUCCGAUACCAUGGACCCAGCCGAUCCUUCUUCGACGACAACUGCGUCUGAUACUGCAGCCGAGAGAGGGCAAGGCUUCGCGAGACAAACGGUGAACCCCGACGAGGGGAGGGCAGAAUCAGCCGGUGCGGCAGCAACUGCAUUGCCUGAUCGUACCGCUGGCGGUAUCCACUCAACCCCAGUCGCUGAAAAGGACACUAGCCGCAGACAGCAAAUUGUGAAUCCCGAAGACUGCAAGUACGACAACAGCGGUACCCUCGAACCAACGCCCACUCGCUUCUCCAAAGAGAGCGGUCUGGAACCUGUCGGGGGCGUUUCUCGCAGUUCAGAGCACGGCCAGGGUAUCGUUGGCGCUCAGUCUGCCACAGGUAAUCUCAGACCAUCCAAAUUUGCCGACAAGGACGACGUUUCGGUCGCGAGUGUCAGAUCCGGCGUCAUUGGCGACACACCCCAUGCCAAAGAGCUAACUGAUACCGAUCUACCAGUCGGAGCCCACGACACGUCGAAAUCCGGCCAUGGAAUUGGCCCAGGCGCUGCUGCUGCUGCCGCGGGCACUGCUGCUGCACUGGGCUCUACCACUGAGCGUUCGUUCCCACUCUCUGGAGGGACCACCACUGAGACUUCUGGAACACGAGGUGACUAUCCAAGCCGUGAUGAGCCUUCUACCCUUGGGAGAAGUACUGAAGCACCCACCUUCGGUAUGACCACUGGCACCCAUAGAUCUGGAUAUGACCGCAGUGGACUCGCAGCAGCCGCUGCAUCUACUGCAUUUGACAACCACAAGCAUGGAGGCCGUUAUCACGAGUAUGAAGGCCCCAAUACCGACACUACCACGAGCGGACCCACAUUCACUUCUGGUCCUCACGCCACUGAGACUGCGAACAGGCUUGACCCUAACCUUCCUAGCCCUAACCUUCCCAGUUCCUCCAUGCCAGGAGCUUAUCCUGACUCGGCUGCUGCAACUCCUGCCAGCGAAGUACCAAGCACUACCACUACCACUGGACCUUCAUCACACGAGCAUCAUUACGGACGUGAUGCUGCCAUGGCCGGAGCCGGUGCUGCCACAGCUGGAGCCCUGUACGAAGCUCGUUCAAGAGAGACCGCGGGGCCUGAACCGGUAAGAGCAGCAGACCGCACUCAGAGGAUCUCUUCUCAAGACUAUGGACAAGACACUGCAAUGGCUGGGGCUGGCACAGCCGCUGCCAGAGGCAUGCACGAAACUCACCACAGAGAACCUACCGAGGCCGUGUCUGCGCCAAAGUCUGAGACUGUCAGAGAUGCGCCAAGUCAAGAGCAUCACUACGGACGCGAUGCUGCCAUUGCUGGAGCUGGUGCCGCUGCCGCAGGAGGUCUCUACGAGGCACGCAGGAAAGGGUCCACCGAGACCGACCCAGCAACCAAGACUCACGGCCCUCACAAGAGCAACGUAGCGAACAUUAUGGACCCACGAGUAUUGCCUGAUCCUGACAAGAUGAAAGGUCACCACGCUCAGUCUACCGAGACGGAUCCUGCCUCAAAGACUGUUGGCCCUCACUCUAGCAAUAUUGCGAACGUCUUGGAUCCAAGGGUCCUUCCUCAGCCGGAAAAGAUGAAGCAGCACACGACCGCUGGUCCGCAUCAGUCUGACUCUCUCAACCGCAUGGAUCCACGUGUGGACUCUGAUCCUGCCAAGGAGGCAAAUCAGCACCACUAUGGUCGUGAUGCUGCCAUUGCGGGCGGUCUUGGAGCAGGGGCAGCUGGUGCCUACGCCGCCUCGCAACAGCAUAGCGAGAAGAACCCAUACACCUCUCAUGCCGUGGAUCCAAGGGUUCAUAGCAGUUCAACCGCGUCAGAGACUCCGGCGAGGACAGCUUCGAAGAAAGGAGGCUGGUUCGCUGGCCCAGUUGGUUCCGCCGUUGACAACAAUAAGACCCCGGCUACGACUACAGUUCCGACUGGAACAACAGGACAUAAUGGUUCUUCGACAGCUCAAUCAGGCCAGCAACACCAUUACGGACGUGAUGCCGCUGUUGCUGGUGGCGCAGGUCUAGCUGGUGCAGGCAUUGCUCACCAAUACGGCGAACACAAGGCUGAUCGUGCUACUGCUCAGGACCAUGCGUCUGGCACCACUGGUACAUCGGGGCCUUACUCCUCGUCCCAUGCUCAGCAACCGCAGACUACUUCCACCAGUCAGUCUACAAGCCAGCACCACCAUGGACGCGAACCUGCCGUGGCCGGUGCUGUUGGCGCGACAGCUUAUGAAUAUCAGAGGGCCGAGGCCCAGAAGGCUGAGCAGGCACACCCUUAUGGCACUACCACUUCUCCUACUGGCGAACAAGUGAGAAGCUCUACUGAUCCGGCAAGGACCUCGGCAGAUUCAGACAAGAAGCAUCACUAUGGUAGAGAUGCUGCGGUUGCCGGAGCUGCUGGUGCCGCGGGUGUUGGUGCUGCACACGAGUUCAGCAAGCACGAUGCCGAAAAAGCUGAGAAGGAGCAUCUCAAGGAGCAGAAGGCGUUGGAGAAGGAGGAGAAGAAACACCAGAAGGAACUGGAAAAGGAGGAGAAGAAGGAGGAGAAGGAGCAUGAGAAGGAGGAAAAGAAGCACCAGAAAGAACUCGAAAAGGAGCAGAAGAAGCAUGAAAAGGAAGUCGAGAAGGAGCAGAAGGAGCUCGAGAAGGAAGAGAAGAAGAAACACCACGGUGGUCUCUUUGGCUUCCUUCAUCGGGAUAAGGACAAGGACGAGGAGAAGACGGCCGAGCACGAUGACAAGCACCACCGGCAUGGGAAGGAAGCUGGCGCGGUGGCUGCUGGUGCUGCUGGUGCUGCUGCUUACGACCAUCAUGAGCAUGACAAGCACGAGCGUAACAGACUCCACAAGGAUCCACCAGCGGACUAUGUGGCCAAGGCUCACGAAGGAGAGUACUACGGCACUGAAGGUCGGACCGGAGAACCUGGUGCAGUUUCCAGCCUGCAGGAAACCCAUCCUGACGAGUACGGCGCGGUCAGGUCUGGAGAACAAGAGGGCGUCGUCACCGAGCCGCACACCGGUCUGCCAAUGAACGUCGGCAAGUACGGCUCCGGCGCCGGUGGCACCGAUGGUAACGAGGCAAUUCAGGGCUUCCGCGGUUAUGAUGCUGGUACGGAGGCGUCUGGCCCUAAUGCCGCCUACCAGAGCGGUGCUCAGGGCGGCACUAUGGGUCCCGAUUGGCAGAAUGUCAAGAAGUCGAACACGCCGUAUUAG